AGUUCCUCUCGCACCAAAUUAGACUCCUGGCAACUAUACGUUUUGGAGUUGCGACGUUUUAGUUUAGAAAAUGUGCAAGUGGCGAAAAUGCGUGUUUGGCUGCGAAAGGUUUAUGAGUUUGUUCAGUCUUCCUAAAGAUAAAAAUGUUCGCCAGAAAUGGUUGGAAUUUAUUUUUGGGAGCACGCGAGCAAGCGACCAACAGCUGUACGUCUGUGAUGGCCAUUUCUCCGAGGACUGCCUAGCGAACCUUGGCCAGUACCAAAGUGGACUGGCCGUGAGAUUGAAUCUUAAAACGGGCGCGAUUCCUUCCAUCAAACCUGAAGGAGAGAUCAGAAUUAUUAAAAUUGAAUCCGUGAUGGACUCCGAGUUACAAAUCGGCUUCAUCGGCGCAGGGAACAUGGCUUUUGGCAUCGCCAAGGGCAUCUUGUCUGGUGGGAAUGUUCUUCCUACAAAUGUCAAAGUGAGCGCCCCAUCUUUCAGGAACCUCGGACGCUUUCAGGAGCUGAGCAUCUCCACAACUCACUCCAACGCGGAGGUUGUCUGCAGUUCCAAUAUUAUCUUUGUGGCAGUAAAACCUCAUUUAGUGCCAAUUGUUCUCAGGGAGAUCUCACUCCACAUCACUGAUAGGCACACGAUUGUGUCCGUGGCGGCGGGGGUCACCCUGGCAACCUUGGAGGAGCUCCUGCCAGCGGGUUCGUGUGUCAUCAGGUUGAUGCCAAACCUUCCUUGCGUGGUUCUGCAAGGUGCCCUCUUGUUCACACGAGGAACUCACGCCAAAGAUGAGCAUGGUGCCCUGUUGUGCUCCUUGUUGCAGCCCUGUGGUUUGGUAGAAGAGGGACCUGAGGCCUGGAUUGAUAUCCACACCGGACUCAGUGGGAGUGGGGUUGCUUUUGUCUAUGUGUUUGCGGAGGCCUUGGCGGAAGGAGCUGUUAAAAUGGGCAUGCCCGGCGCUCUAGCCCAAAGAAUCGCAGCUCAGACUGUUCUGGGUGCCGGCCAAUUGUUACUCGAGUCCAAGAAGCAUCCGGCUCAGCUCCGCUCAGAGGUCUGCACCCCGGGUGGGACGACCAUCUACGGGCUUCACGCUCUGGAACAAGGAGGGGUGAGGGCGGCAGCCAUGACCGCGGUGGAGUCUGCGACCGAGAGAGCAAGGGAGCUCGGUCGCAAGUCUGCCGAUCAAAGGAGCAAUAUAUAAUAAUGCUUUAUGGCCACUUGAAACUCUGUCAAGUCUUAACGGCGAAAUAGCUUUCCUUCUUUGUUAAAAGUUUUAAAAAUGAAAUAUUUCUUUUGACCCCUUUUGUAUCAUCUAUCAUCAUUCAAAUAUUGUUUGUCUGUUAAGUAUUUUGAUAUUUAAACUGAAAAAAAACCUAAUAGAACAAAAAUUGAACUCAAAUAAAAAGGUUACCACUC